CAACCUCAAUCGAAUAUUCCUAUUCUUUUGCCGAUGCGAGUUCGCUCCGAACUGUCUGUGCCUUUCCGCCCGCUCUGUCAGUGUAUCUACCCAUGACAACACGACGACAAUGACCAAAGCAGACACGGUAACCAUGAGUUAAUCUCGACCUGCUAUCGGCAACACGCGACUCAUUCGAGAGUCUCGUCCUCCCAACAUGACGGCGAGAGGGACCUCUUACCCCCCGGCACGAUGGACUACCUGGUCUCCAGCCCAACUCACUAGUCGCACAGAAAUCCAUCCCCAAUACGUCAAAGUGCCCUCAGACCAGCAAAAAUUAUUGGACCGACCGGAUGCCUGGUCUACUGGGGAUUUUCCCAAUGUGCCGCCGAAAGUGCUGGACGACGCGAAGGCAAAUUAUAUCAGGGGAGCCCAGUUAUGCUCCGAUGGGGAUGGAAAAGGACACUCACCGCAGCCAGAGUCUCUCAGCCACACUGGGAGGGAUCAACUCUCGUCACAAUCUCCAUCUUCAUCCCAGAGCGAAAGGAAACAGCUGUCCUCGCAACCCGCCUCUCCGGCACGCACCACUACAGUUCACGAUGAAUCAAACAGAACGUCGCCAUCCGCAGAAGAUAGUGCUGAGGAAGAUGAGAAGACCGGAACUCCUAUACCAUGGACGCCGUCCCCCUCGGCGCAUCAUCGUGCACCCUGUCAGGCCCUCUGCCUGACAGGAGCUGCGAGCUCCCCAAGUCGGGCAUCUUCGGAGCGGCGGGGUGCCCUCCCUGCAGGCAAAGCCGUGUUCCAGGCGGGGCCCUUAGCGGAUUUCCCUCCCAGCAGCAGCGUCGCGUCCGAGAGUGGGCUGGAGAUUGAAGUCCCAAAAGCCAUCACCGAUGUCCUGGAGGCGACUAUUCGAAAGCCUGUGGCUGUCAUUCAACCCACACCACCCUCGGCACAGAUCAUCCCAUGUACUCUUAUUGAGAGAACCAGUCCCGCCCAGGCUCCUGGGCCUAAACGUCGCCGACGAAUGAGGGACCCCGCUACUGUUUUUUCCAGCCCUGGUCGUCCUGUUGGUCAAAGUCAUGCUCCGAGGUUGGCACUCGACGAAUCUAGGCCGGCCCGCUCGCCUCGUUCUUCCGGUCGUGUGGUCCGUUUAUCGUCUCCCGUAUUAGGGGUACCGCCACGGCACUUGACAGAGCCCUCCCCUGUAAUGCCGGCAGCGAAUCAGCCCGACACUGUUACAGGCCCACCACGGCUAGCUAACGACCAGGGGUCUAGCAAUCCGCUGGAAAGACUACCGCCAAAAGGCCCUGCAUCACAAGUCCCCUUUACUGCCUUUACACUCGCCUACCCGGAUUAUCAGAGCAGUCUGAAGGAUUUCUUACGAGGCAUAAUGUGCGUCUUGAAGCUUCAGAAGGACAAGGCUCUCACAGAAUUUCUCUACGAUGACUUUGUUCGGGUCUUUUCUGGCGAAUACCUCGCCUACAUCGAGACCGUGGCUCGCGAUCAGCCUGCCCUUCCUGCGAUCCAUUGGUAUAAUGAGAACGUCUCGAGGCCCCUCUAUGUGAAAGGCGUUCUGAACAAGGACAACGUCAAGGAUGUUAUCAGACAGUACCCGGAGGAGUUGCGCGCCAUACAACAGGACCUCGAAACAGCGAAGACGAGCGGUCGCGGUCGAUCUGGUCGGCGAACACCAGGUACAACAACAGAGAGGAAGCAGAUGACCCAAUCACCGUCCAUCGAGACGGACAACAACCAUGUAUUACUCCAGAAGCGUUUUCCAGUUACAAUUGCAUCUACAAGUUCCGAACCUCUAGCACGUCAGACUGGGAUGCGCACCGACCGUGGGCCCGUAGCUGUAGAGCCGCGGGCUAUGAACCAAGAACGAGGCACUAUUGGCCAGCUAGCAAGCAGCAUCGAUCUUGCAGUUCCUUCGCCGGCUUCUCGGUUCCUUGGAAAGACUGACGAAUCAAGUGUAUUGCACACUCCUGCCAGCAGGCCUAGCGCUUUCUUGACUCAGGUUGAUUCCUCGUUGCCGGACAUCAGUCGAACACGAGCUAUCCAGGUGACUGAGAUGCGACUACCGGCGGCAAGCGCAUUCCCAAGCAUUGGCCCAUCUCAGCUCAGCAACCCGGACAGCAUCCCGGACGUAACUCGCAAGCGAACUGCUUCCCCUCGGGUCUCCAGCAGAUCAACAGUACCGGGGCCCGGCGCCGAGUUCAAGCGACCCAGAUUGACGACGCAGCAUGCAGAGAAGCGGGACCUAGAGUUCAGGAAGUUUCUGAUGUGGAAGAAGACGCAGAGCUCGGCUCCUCAGGGGUCUAUCGCAUCCUAAACGGAGCACAGGAAGUCAUGUUGUAUUGGUUUGACCAGGAUAUUGAGUAGUAUUCUUUAUAUACCCAUGAUUACGGCACAAGGGUGAUGGAGGCGCGUGGGUCUUGACAGCCACUGCACUGGGGGCGCGCUUUACUUUUAGCUGAAGUGAGACUGAACUUCACAUGAAAGCAAUGUAUGUCUAGGAGCCAAUCGUGGCAAAGUGACUGCCUCCUCAAUCUAGGGGUAUC